CUUGUGUUAUUGUCACAAGGCAACACACCUUUUACUGGUACACAUGUGUCUCAGGUGACUGAGCAGAGACAGUGAAAACAGCACCUGAAGGACUCGAGCUACAAACAAGAUUUGCCAGUAAUUUUCCUCUUCAGAGCCUCUCAUCCCAUGAGACUUCCUUCAUUAUGAAGUCCAGCUCUCUAUUCUUGUUGGUUUACCUGCUGGGAAGCUUAUUUGGAGGAACAAAUACACAGAGUAGUGUAACAUGUGCCAGAAGAGAAUCCUGCGAUCUGGAGCCAGAUGCGACCUCUCACUUCCUGCAGUGUGUGGGGUUGCCUUCAACAGACACAGGAAAGGAUCACAUGCAAAGACUGAAGGGAAUGCUUGAAGCCACCAUGGACGUGUACUCCUUCCUGAAAUCCAGCAUGACAGGUGUGCCAUUUCUCAGUUUGGAUGGAGCAUUGGACUUAAACCCGCACGCAGACCCUCUCCAGAAUGAAGCCCUGGUUCAGAUGUGGCUUGAGAUCAAGAUAAAACCUCUUCUGAAAUCUAUCACCAAACACUUCCUGUCCUGUCUCAGCACCAAGAAUUUCAGCUGUUCCACUUACCAGACUGUGGUGACGGAGCUCAGUCACCAUUAUUCUGAGAUGAAUCCAGUCAGACAAAAGUGGAUCUACAUGUUCUUUAUGUAUCCCUUCCUGUCUGGAGACAGAGUUGCUGGUUGUGUGAACCCAGAAGAGAGCAGUGAAGAAUGGUUAAUGAAGAACUUUGGUGCAUUCAGAGCAAUGGCUCGAAUGAAGGACCUUUCAACCCUCAACAUGGUCUUCAGUGGAUUGGAGGUUCUUCACCUGCUGUCUCCAGCACAAAAGGCAGAGCUGCUUCUAAGUCCUGAACUGGAGAGUUUAGACAAUGGCACCUUAACCCUGGUCUUCCAAAAUUUGUUGACUGGCGGUUCUGACCCUCCACCCACUGCUGGUCCUGGAGAGGGCCACGGCUGGACGAGCCCUGACUACUCAACUAUGGUACCCUCCCCUCCUCCGCAGCCUACACAAGAUUCAUAUAUGCCAUCUCCACAGGACAAGCUUAGAGAGGUUGUAAAUGGGUUCAUGAUGGCUUUCAAACCUAUUGGGAGCUUUGCUCAUGAGUUUGUGUCCUUCACACAACAGAGAAACAUGUCAGAAAUAAGGAGCACUACUCUGACUCAGUUCCUGCUCAACUUCACUUUGGCUGAACUGGCAGACAUGUACCGGCCAAAAAACACCACAGUUCCAGAGGCGCCUCAGUUUGAUGUGACAAAUGUGGAGGACUGGUACCAGCAGGUUGUGGUGCCGUUAUUGCAGAGGUUCCUGCCAAAUGAUGCACACCUGAUGCAUCCAAACAUCACACUCGCUUUCCAUCAAGUGUUCUUUUUAGACCAUGGUAUGGGCAAUGACACUACUGAGCUCCUGGAUGUCUGCAGCAUCACACUUGACAAGAGUGUUACCCAUUGUGGGCUGACGAAUGCAGUGGAAAACUUGGCCACUGUGUUGCACUGUGCUGCAAAAACAAACCUGACAAUGACAGAGACAACAAUUAUGAGACUGAUUGAAGAACUGACAAAGCGCCUGAACACCCUGAUCAAAGAAUUGUCCACAGCAAACUUCAAGGAGGUGGUGUCCGACUUUCAGGGCAUCUUUAGUGAGGAGCAUCCCUCACCAGACCUAACUCAGGAAAACCUGGAAGAUCCUGCCUUCAUCAAGCUCUGGUUCCAGAUCAAGCUGCUGCCUCUCCUGCCUGAUGUAAACCCAGACCUCCUGUCCUGUCUGAGUACCAAGAACUUCUCCUGUCCUGUUUACCAAACCCUUGUGGAAGAACUGGGAAAACACAUGAGUGUCAUGGAUGCUGAUCUAAUGUACAGUAACAACAUCUAUCAGCACUUCAUUUACUCUUUCCUGAUGCAUCACAACACCUCUGACCCCCAGUGUGUCUUCUCAGCCAAUAACAGUGCAGAAUGGCUGACAAACAACUUUGGUUUCUUCUCAAGAUUUGCCUCUAUCACUGACUUCUACAAGCUCAACCCUCAUUUCUCUGGUAUGGAAGCUCUUCACCUGCUGUCUCCAAAGCAGCUAGCAGAGAUGCUGCUGUUACCUCUUCCUACACCACCAGAGAAAGAUGUUGUUAUCGACGGUGUGUUUGACUUCUUGUUGGAGCCAUCUCAGGUCAAAAAAUUUCCAGAGGUCCUUCACUUUCUGGUCCAGCUUGCAGAGGAGGUCAAUCCUCCCUGCAGUGUCUACAAACAAAUUUUUGUUCGGUUGUAUGGAGCCAUACAGUCUCUGUCUCCACAAAUGGAACCAGUCUUCUGGGCUAGCAUAGAUGGUCUGAUAAACAUUGCACCAGAAGAGUGUGUGCCAGAAAACAUUACGUGUCCAGAAACCCAGAUCAAUGGAACCAUCUGCAAAGAUGUUGACAGCUCUGAUUUACAGUCUUACAUGAACGUGUCCAUGCAUUUUCCCUGCAAUUUUACCUUGGAAAAAUAUGCAUGUGCACAGCUGAACUUUACAGCCAGUCAGCUGGCUGCUCUCCUGAGGUGCAAUCUGCCAGGAAACAGCAGCCACUCCCAUGUGCUGUGGAAGAUACUGCUCACUAAAUACUCCUAUGUUUUGGAUCCGGCUCUGGACAUGCUGGUUAACAUGUCUGUGGGCAUGGUUGGACCAUCAGCGCAGGAGAUUUUGGAUGUGAUUGGGGAGAUCAGGUUGUCGAUGCUGACUGAUGGGCAGCUGAUAAACAGUGACACACUCAGGCUGUGGUUCUCAAGCCGUCUGAGUGGUUUUCUGCCAUCUGCUUCAGGAAGGUUUCUGCACUGUCUGAGCAGCCGGAACCUCAGCUGUUCGUCAUACCAGCAGAUCCUGCAGGCAUUUAACCAUCAGUUUGAGGAUAUGUCUUUACAACAGCAGCUUCUGAUCUUAAAGGAUUUUGUCCUCCGUUUCCUGUCAAGACCCCUCUCAGGACCAGGUUGUGUGUCGACCUCCAACGGCAGUGCAGUGUGGCUUUGGGACAACUGGGGUCCAUUCUCAAGAUUUGUUUCCGUUGAGACUCUACUCUAUCUCAACCCACACUUCAAUCCUCUUGAGGCCCUCCAGUUGCUGACUCCAAACCAGAGUGCAGAGCUGCUGGUACUGACGUCUCCCACUCUUCCGAGUAAAGACAUCCUCAUCAAUAUACUCUUUGAUUACUUGACUGAGUCUCCCAAGGAAAGGAAAUUAACAGAGUUCCUGUCCUACCUCGUUAUGUUCCUUGAGAAGGGAAACCUUUCCUGUUCAUCGUACAGAACACUGUUUACCAGGUUGGACUUGGCCAUGACAACAGCAUCUCUUGACAUUGCUUCAUCCAUCACAAACAGCAAAGUGGCCUUAUCCAAACACGUACCACCUGGCUGCAUCAUAUACAGUGGACAGUGCAAUGUUACCAUGACAAACGAAACCGAUAUCUGUACUGGAGUCAACAGCACAGGACUUCAGCUCCGCCUAGACACCGGAAAGAUGACCGAACACUUCUGCGACUUUGCUGUUGAGGAAUUUGCUUGUGCUUCACUGUCGGCGUUAACAGCACAGGACCUGGUGACGGUACUGAGGUGUAAUCGCUCCUCCAACUCAAGUGGCUCCAUUGCUGUUUGGAAGCUUCUCCUUUCUAAAACCUUUCGGGUACUGGAUGAAGCUCUGGAUCUUAUGACCAACAGUACCCUGGACCCCAGCAGUCCUUCAGUGUCCAUGAUACUGGACUCCAUUCGAGAAAUCCGUUUGGAUACAAUCAGCACAGACAUCUUAAAUGAUCCCACCCUCAUCCAGCUGUGGUUCAACCAACGUCUUCGCCCGUUCCUGCCCGCCGUUUCCCCUGCCUCCCUGUCAUGUUUCGCCACAAAGGAUUUGCACUGCAGUGCCUACCAGCAGAUUGUUCAGAUUCUGAGUGAAGUCCAGCCACACAUGACACCUGCCACACAGAUGUCAGUCAACACAUACUUCAUUAAGGUUUUCCUGACCAGGAACAACACUGCAGAUCCUUUCUGCAGCUUAAAUGUCAACAACAGUGGAGAGUGGCUGCAGAAGAACCUGGGAGGGUUCUCCAUCCUCAGUUCCUUCCUGGACCUCCAGAAGCUCUACCCCAAGUUUUCACCGAUGGAAGCCCUGCCACAGCUGACAGUUAUACAGCUUGCAGAGGUGUCUGCAACACCUGGCCAGCUCACAUCUUCAGAGCAGGUUGCCAUGGUGAUGAGUUACAUCCCCAACCAACAACUUGCCUCUUUCUUUGAUGUUUUCUCACCUGCUAUAAUGGGUCAUGAAAACAUGUUCCCCCUUCUGGUGAGGUCAGCCAUGUUGGAAGUUGUGUUUGAUCGUGCAAACCUUUCCGAUCCAUCAGUGGACGACUCAGUUGUGUCGGACUGGCUCCACAGACGGCUGCGUCCACUGUUGGUCAACCUGUCACCUUCCUAUGUCACACCAUUCUUCAGAAUACUGGCAGGAAGGAACUGUAGCAUUGAGCAGCAAGGUGUGGAGACCCUUAAUAUGACUAUCUCAACCCUCAGUGAAGAUACACAGACAGCAAUCCACAAUCACAUCAUUCAAGCUCUCGAAGGUCCAUCACCUCUGCGUUGCUAUGGUGACAACUUCAACCACAGUUUCUACAUUUUCCUUAUGCACUCAUUCAUGGGAUUCCAGUUCCCCAACCUGACCACCUUCAUGUCUCUGAUGCCUCUUGACAGAAUGCAUUUGCUGUUGAACUCCAUUCCUGUGACAGAUCUUGCCGAUUUCUUACGCCGCCCCAAUGUCGUAGACAACGAAGCACAGCUUUGCGUGCUCUACAACAACUAUGACCUGACACCAGCGUUUCUGGAGACUGAGACUCUACCAGCAGUGGUGAUGCGACCCACUCUGCCCUGCGUCUGGCCUAAGGCUCUCAGCAGCACCAGUAGGUCAGAGGUCAAUACUUGGUUUGACCGAAGUCUCAAGAACUACAUGCCCUUCCUCACGAAGAGUCUAAUCAGUCCGAGUGUCACAUACAACGCCUCAUGCAUGGCUUUCCAAAAGCUUGUCAUAGUUCUUGGUGAACACAACUACACUACUGGAGACUUUGUGAAGGAAGAUGUGUUCAACACCAUCAGGGCUUACCUUACAUCAGUAACAACACCAAGGUGCUACGACCCCAGCCAAGCAGAGCUAAACACUACAGCGUGGUUUGUCGAGUACAUCGGCCCUUUCAUGCCUUUCCUCACCCUGGAGGCUCUUCAGUCUUUUGGAUCUGAGCAGGUUCUCCAGGUGUUUGCUGUGAACCAGCUGAACAUCGCACUCUUCAAUCAGUUUUCAUUACCUCUGAAUCUCACCAGCUACUACACUCAGCUGAUAUAUCAACAGGACAGCAAUUUCAACCCCUUACUGCUUCCUAUGUUGUGUCGGUGUUUCGCUCCUGGUCCAGCAUUUGUCCAGCUGACUGCAGAGCAGAGUAUCAUAGUUCUGCACAACCUCACCACUCUCUGUACAGCCCUAGAUCCACAGGUCUCUGCUGCUUUGGCGAGUAAUUUUGGUACCAACAUUGAUUCCACAGUCAUUACUAGUCUCAGCAAUCAAAGCACUGGCCUGUCAAUGGGCCAGCUCAAGAUGAUAAGCCCUCAGGACCUGUUUCUUACCCUCAACAUUCUCAGUAGCGUGACAGGCUGGAGACCAGGACAGGCCAUGGCCAUUCUCCAGUCUUUGAUGUCUUCAGGGAUGAUGCAGAUCAACAGCUCAUCAUCCCUCUUAAUGCUCGGGUCUCUCCUUUCGGGCAUCCCCUCCUACAUGCUCAAUGGCAUCAGUGGCUCCCAGCUUCUAAUUGCAUCCCAAAAUUCUUUAAUCAUGACUUACUUGAUGUCUGCUUCACAGACUGUCCAUCAGACUUUUGUUACUAAGAUCAUUUCAGUGAGCAGCAGCAGUGAUAUGAUGAUACAGAAUGUUCCAGAUGGAUUUGCCACUGAGAUCCCUCGAGUGACACUGCAGGGCUUCUCAAGCAGCCUCAGCGUUGUCACCCAACUCAACAAGAAGACCUGGAAACGCGAACAGGUUGAGUUGUUCUUUAAUUCAAUAGCCGUGGAAACUGCCACUGCUUACCUGGGAGGUCCACAAAAUUUGUCCUCCUAUAUGUUACAAGGGUUCACAUGCACGGGAGUAAGGACGAUUAACAGUGUGCAGAUUAAGGAGCUGAUCAAAGCAUGCCGAAGAAGUGGCAACACCAAGGUCAAACUGGUGGAGACUCAGCUGACCUGCAUGUACAACUAUAUCAGAGGCGAUUCAGAUGUCACCAGCUUUAACCUUUAUCCUUCAGAUGUGCUGCUGUACUAUGAUUACUCUUUGGUGCCACAGGCCAGCUGCAGGUCCUAUUUCCAGCAGCUGGCUGAUGCAGACUUCUCUGUCUUCUCUUCGGUCCUCAGCUACAAACGAACUGCCCUGUUCAAUAAUGCCAGAAGCUGCCUGGGUAUAACAAACACAAGCUUGACUAAAGAUGUUAUAUCAGUUUUGGGGAACAUGUGCUGCAUGCUGGAUGGAUCCUACAUCCAGAAUUCUGAUCCUUCAAUCUUGGAAAAACUUAAGAACUGCCCAGAUCUCACUGACGCUCAAGCAGCAGCUGUUCAAUCUUUGCUAACCAGCGGGAAAACAAAUUAUGGCGCUCCUUCAUCUUGGAAUGGCCAAACUCUGGUGGACCUUGGGAUGUUACCGCUGUAUUUGUCUUCAUCUUUCUACGAUAACUUUAGUAGAAAAAUAAAGCAAAAUUUCUUAAGGUAUUUCCUGACAGUUAUCAAGAGCAACGGUGUGGACAGAAAGAAGAGGGCAAAAUUCAAUAAUGCAAUAGUACAGUCCAUCAAAAGAAUGUCAAAGCGAUCUUUAGCCACAGACUGCACAGUGGGGGUGAUCACUCAGGUGACUAUCAGCGAUCCAACUUUCCUCCUCAACUAUGUGGAUAUUAACCAGUUCAACAACUGCCUUAGUGCCACAACUGUCAAGGACAACUUGGAUGUGAUCACUGAGAAUAUCGAUGAUAGAGAAUACCUCAAGAUUGUUCUCAGCAAGUUGCGAGAGGCUUAUAUCUCUACCAUCCCAGAAGAUCAGGUUCAGAUGUUAAGCGCAGCGUCUCGUCUUGCAACAAUUGUAGACAUCAGCAUGUGGAAUAUCACUCAGAUCGACACGCUUGCUGCUUUGAUGAACUCAGCAAAUGGCGAGUGGGAUCCAAGCUUGGCUAAAGCCAUCAUCUCUAAGUAUCUGAGUGUGAAAGGGAAUAAACUUGGCAGUGCAGAGCUCAACAGCAUUGGAGGAACAAACUUAUGCUCCCUGGAUGUUGAUGUUCUGAGGAACAUUUCUCAAGAAAGCCUCAAAAAUGCCCAAGCCUUGGAUCUGUCCAACUGCACCACAGAGAAACAACAAGAAAUGUUCAGCAUAGCCAGUCAAGCAUUUGUUAGCACCACCCGCUCAUCCAUCUCGGUUUCUUCUUAUCAACUCACACAACCUUACCUAAGUGGUGCUUCACUUGACUAUGUCCGAAGUUUGGCAACCUCCAAUGUCAGCAUGGACCUGGCCACCUUCUCCAAUCUAAAUGCAAAUGUUUUACUGAACCUGACUGUUGAUGAAGUUAAAGGUCUUCUUGGUACCAACCUGCCAGAUCUGAAGUCCUAUGAAAACCAGACGUUGAUACAGACCUGGAUCACCAGGCAGUCCCAGUCAGCGCUUGAUACACUUGGACUGGGCAUUCAGGGGGGCAGAGCUGACCCAGUGACCACCAUCAACAGUACAGCCAAUACCCCAACAGCCAACUCGUCAAACACCAACAGUUCCAAUGCAAACACAACUUCUCCCUCAACUGCAAACACAACUCCCCCCUCAACUGCAAACACAACUGCACCUACAACUCCAACUACAACUCCAACUACAACUACAACUCCAACUACAACUCCAACUACAACUCCAACUACAACUCCAACUACAACUAAAGCCACAGGAAAUGGUUUCCGCAUCCAAGCAGACGCUGGCUUCUCCAUCCUUGUGUUCCUUGCACUUAUCAUCACUUCUCACCACAUCAUAAUAUAAAGAACAUGGCUGAUUAUUAAAAUGCAGUCCAGCAUGUGUUUAACUGGACAAGAGGGGAAAUAAUUUUAUUAUUUAUAACUAACUGAAGAAAAAUGUGUUUAAAUAUUGGUUGGUUGUGAGAUCUCAUAUUUGAUUUAUUUUUAUUGUUUUCCUGGUGGUUCGGUGGUUUUAUCUGUGAAAGGUGACAUGCUAUACUGAAAUUUAUCUGUAUAUGCUUUUCUGAGAUACCUCUACAGUAACAUGGCAUUAUUCACAAAAACUACCCUUAUUUAUAUAGAACUAAUUCUUUCUGUAUGCCAACAGAGAGACAGAAGCUGCUAGCAGCCAGCAUCUAUGCAUGGAAAAUGAAGGAUGUAUACAAGUAAAGUUACUGAUACCCAGAAAGAAAAGGACAAAAAUGCCAUUAAUUUUCUGUUGUGUGAUUGUGAUGCCUGGAGCAGAUGAUCAAAGUAAAGAAUGUCACAGAACCAGACAGGAACCAGGUGCCCAGAGCAGUCUGAACAUCUGGUUUCAGACUGCUUUUACUUCAAGUGGACCAUCUGUGUACUUGAUCAUUUCCUUUGGUCAUAGUUCAGUAAGCUGUUAAAAUGUAGGAAUGACAGAAAAUGUGGAAACAUAUAGUAACUCAUCUCUGAAGCAGGUUUAACAGGUAACCGACAGAUUCCAGCUCUCUUUGUGUGGCUGUAUACAUUUUAAGAAGUCCCUUUCCUGAAGCUGAUAUUGCUUGAAUAUUCUGUAUGUGAUUAAAAAUAAUAAUAAAAACAUACUAAAUAUCA